AUGGCAAAUGCUCUACGUCGUAAUUCUUCCGCUUUAAUACCAUCAGUUACAUCGCAUUGCCAUCGAUGUCAAUUAGAUAUUGAAUCUGAUCCACAAUGUAAUGGACGUACAAGAAUAUUAUGUCCCUUUUGUGGGGAAUUUCUUAGUCGACCAAAUCUACCAAAUAUUCAACAAUUAAAACAAGAUAUUAAUAGAAGAACAAGAGAUGAUAAUAGUGAUGAUACUUCAAGUCUUCGUUCACGCUUUAGUCGAACAUUUAAUCGAGUCAUCUUACGGAAACAAAAUAUGAUUAAUAAUAAUGGUAGAACAAUUGAUCAUGAACGUGAUCAAUCGAUGUCGAAUAUCAAAAUGCCAGCAAUUGUAAAUACACAAGAAAAGUUCACUUCAUCAACAUCAUUACCAAUUACUGCAACAACGGCAUCAAUCGUACCAUCAGUUAAAAUUUAUGAUUGUGAUAGUUUUCAAGAUUUGAUUAAUGAAGAAAAUCCUGAUCAUGAUCAAAUCUCCGCUUUUUUCUCGAAAUUCUAUAUGAAUUUUGAUUAUAUGAUACAAACAUUAACAUUGACUGAUAAUCCUAAACAAAUAGAUUGGAAAUUUCUUCAGAUAAUUCAUGAUCAUAUAAUAAAAAAUUCUGAUAAAUUAUUUCGACUUGUUCUUAAAACAAUUGCAUCAUGUUGUAUUAGAGAAGUUCGUGCUUGUGAUAAUACUCUCAAGGGUUAUACUAUUCUUAUAUUGGCACCGGUUUUUGAUGAAGCAUCAAAUUAUCAUAUUUUUGCACAUGUAUUACGUCGUAUUGCACAUUUUGUUGAUCGUGAACAUCAAGAAAUUGUAUUACUUUUAAAAACAUUACCGGUUAAUAUGUUUCGAUCAACUGUUCAUCGUUUACAAACAUUUAUUUCUACAAAUUUAUUUCCAUCACGUGUAGAUAAUUCUGCAUCAACACUUGUUAAUGGUUGGUGGAUUCCAUGUGGUAUUCGAACAUUAGCAUUAUUUAAUAGUGCUAAUGAAACGAUAAAUGGUCGUAUAAUACCAUUGCAAGAAAUGGCUAUAGAUGCAUUGAAUUAUAUUGAUGGAGAACGUGACUAUUUUGAAUGGAAACAUCGACAAUCACGUGGAAUAACAGGAGGUUUUACAUUUUGUCAAUAUCCAUUUGUCUUGAGUGUUAAUGCUAAACGAACAAUAUUAAAACGAGAUUCUGAACAACAAAUGAUUGUUAAUGCACGGCGAAGUAUGAUACAAAAAUUUCAAAAUAAACAAGCACCAGAUUUAAAUAUGCUUUUUUUAAAUCUUUACAUUCGACGAUCACAUUUAGUUCUUGAUUCACUUGCUGAAGUUACAAAAAAACGUGAAGAUUUAAAGAAGAAAUUACGUGUGACAUUUGUCGGUGAACAUGGUCUUGAUAUGGGUGGAUUAACAAAAGAAUGGUUUCUUCUUUUACUUCGACAAAUAUUUCAACCUGAUUAUGGAAUGUUUGUAUUGUAUGAAUCAUCAGGAGUAUUUUGGUUUAAUGGUGCAUCAACUGAUAAUAUUCGUGAAUAUAAUUUAGUUGGAAUAUUAAUGGGUUUAGCAGUGUAUAAUGCAAUUAUACUUGAUAUACGUUUUCCACUGGUUUGCUAUAAAAAACUAUUAACACCAGCAUUUAUACAUGAACAUAUGGGAAAUUUAUCGAAAAUUAAAAUUGGAAUUAUUUCAUCAACUUUAAAAGAUUUUCGAACAAUUCGACCUGAUAUUGCUGAUAGUCUUCAAUAUUUACUUGAUUAUGAUGGAAAUGUUGCAGAUGAUUUUGGGCUGACAUUUGAGGUUUCUGUUGCACAAUUUGAUACAACACUGGUUUAUCCAUUGAAAGAAAAUGGAUCAAAUAUUGAUGUAACAAAUGAUAAUCGAAUUGAAUAUGUUGAAUUAUUAAUUGAUUUUUAUAUUAAUAAACAUAUAUCAAAACAAUUUGAAGCAUUUUAUCAUGGUUUUCAUAGUGUUUGUUCAUCAAAUGCACUUCUCUUACUUUUACCAGAAGAACUUGAAAUGUUAAUAUGUGGAAUGCAACAAUGUAAUUUAACUAAUUUAGCUAAAAUAACUAAAUAUGAAAAUUGUCAUCCAAAUGAUCAAUUUAUAAAAUGGUUUUGGCAAGUUAUUGAAGAAAUGUCAUCGGAUAAACAAAGACGUUUAUUAUUAUUUGUAACUGGUAGUGAUCGUAUGCCAAUCGGAGGUUUAAGUGAAAUGACAUUUAAAAUUGGAAAAAUUUCAUCAAAUCGAUGUAAUAUCAAUGAACUGUUACCCAUGUCACAUACAUGUUUUAAUCAAUUACUUUUACCACCUUAUCCAACUCGUGAAAUUCUCAAAGAAAAAUUAUUUCUUGCUAUUGAAAAUUGUGAAGGUUUUGGCAUUGAGUGA